GAGUGAUUAAGGUUUGGAUGAUAAUAUCAAGAUUGUUAUUUUUAAAGCGAGUGGGUAUGCGUGGUUAAAAUCUCCCAUCAUCUUUCACUUUUUUCAUGAGUGGCACUUUGGAUCUGUGUUACUUUUCUCUCAUGGUAUCAAGGAAAUUGCAAUUGGAUGAAACUUGCAGUUCGAGUAUAUAUAAUCUAAUAUUCUAAUUACCAUGGCCGAUUGUGGUGCCCAAACUAGAGUUACGAUACGAAACACCCAUGGAGAAAAUCUCGUGGGGAUCUUACAUAAUGGGGCUUCCACUUCGCUUGUUAUCGUGUGCCAUGGCUUCCAAUCUUCCAAGGAAAGGAUUCCCAUGGUGAACGUUGCUGCUGCUCUGGAAAAGGAUGGAAUGAGUGCCUUCCGAUUUGACUUUGCGGGAAAUGGGGAAAGUGAAGGUUCAUUUCAGUAUGGUAACUACUACAGAGAAGUUGAAGACCUGCGAGCUGUAGUUCAACACUUCCGUGAGCAGAAAUACAUAAUUACAGCAAUUGUUGGUCAUAGUAAAGGGGGUAAUGUGGUGCUCUUAUAUGCCUCAAAAUAUAAGGAUAUUCAUAUUGUUGUCAAUAUAUCUGGUCGAUUCAAUCUAGCAAGAGGCAUGGAAAGUCGUUUGGGCGAAAAUUUUAUACAGAGGAUCAAACAAGAUGGAUAUAUAGAUGUUAAAAAUAAAAGAGGGAAGAUCGUGUAUCGUGUUACCGAAGAAAGUUUGAUGGACCGCCUAUCUACCAUAACCCAUCUUGCCUGCCUAUUGAUUCCCCAAGAUUGCAGAGUGUUGACAAUUCAUGGAUCCAUGGAUGAAACUGUCCCUGCAGAAGAUGCUUCAGAGUUUGCUAAAUUUCUAUCUAAUCAUGAACUGUGCAUCAUAGAAGGAGCUGAUCAUGAAUAUUCUUCUCAUCAAGAUGUGUUGACCAGCUUGGUUUUGGAAUUCAUCAAAAUUCAUACUGAUAAAGACAAAGAUACAUCUAAACAGACACGAUUUGGAAGAGUACAUAAACCUAUUCAUUCUCGAUUCUAGUUCUUGCAAAAUAUGCGGGAUCCAGUACCUCUUUUGAAACCAUCUUUCUUACAAAUAAAGACAUCCUUGAUAAAUAGAUCAACAGGAAAGAUGGACAAACCUCGUCUCAUUCUGUAAUUAAAUUCUUACACCCCUUCUGUUAAAAGUUUAUGCUCUUGCAGUUUCUACAGAUAAGUGAUGAAAUGAAUUAUUUGACAUAACAAGCAAGGACUUGGCUCAUCUGGUGGAUAUAAUAUAUAUGAAGCACAGCAUUUUUAUUAUAGCAGUUGUGUAGCCACACCUGACAAGUAAUUAAUUAAAGGGUAUCUAUCAAAACAAUUGAUCUUGGAGGUUGACUACUAUGUUUGUAAUUACAGAUUACAUACUGCCGUGUACAUAUUUACUUAUGAGUUAUGACCAUAACAUUAUGCACA